AUGAUUGAGUGGAAGGUUGAUGGUGGUGUUAUGGUGGAGGGAGAUGGCAGCCGUGAGGUGGUUAUGGAGGAGAAGAAAAACUUUGUUGAUGUUGUGAUUAUGAAAGAGAUGAGAAGUCUUGAGGAGGCUUCACCAUUAUUAGAGAGCUACAUUUCUGGAACUAUACCAAAGGCCGGUUUUCAUGCGCACGGGAACGACUACGAGCAUGGCUACUAUUUGGGCGAUGGUAUAUACCCGGAGUAUUCGAUUAUUGUUAAAACGUUUUCUGAAACGUUCGAUGAGAAAAUAAAGUAUUUUAAAAAAUUACAAGAGUCUUCAAGAAAGGAUAUCGAGAGGUGUUUUGGGGUUCUACAGCAACGAUGGCAUUUUAUCAGAAAUCCUUGUCGCAUGUGGCAUAAGGAUAGAAUACGAAUGACCUAUGCUUGCAUCAUUUUGCAUAAUAUGAUCAUUGAGGAUGAUGGAAGAGCGAUAUGCCAAAACUAUAUUCCGGAAGAUUUCGUCGAAGGUACCCAAGCAACAAUGGAAGAGAGACUCGCAAAUGCUCAAGUAUUGCGAUCUAAAGAAAUACAUAACACGUUGAAGGCGGAUUUGGUUGAGCAUGCUUGGGCGAUUCGCCCAAUUCGAUACAACAGUGACAACGAAGAAGAUUCCGAGGAAGAAGAGGUUGAGGAAUUUGAAGACGGGAACUUUGAAGACGUAGGUUUGGAUGCUGGAGAAAAAGAAGAGGAAGAAGGAGAGAACGAAAAUGAAGCCGAACAAUAA